UUAGCUGACGUGCUAGCCAAGCGAGAGAAGCCGGAAGUAGCAAAGGGGAAACUCACGUGCACAGCAUGAAAAACACAAAAAAGCACAACAAUGUGUCGAAAAAGGCGAAAUUCAAGCCGGGGUCGAAGAAAAGAGAAAACAAAUGCAUCGUUAUGUUUGACGACAAAGACAGACAGGACUACCUUACUGGUUUCCAUAAGCGAAAAGUGGAAAGGAGGAAAGCAGCAGUGGCAGAAAUUCGAAAGAAAAUCAAGGAAGAGCAAAUAAGAGUCAGAGAAGAGAGGCAUAAGGAAUAUAUGAAAAUGUUGAAGGAGAGGACCGAAGCUUUAGAAGAAAAUGAAGAUGAUCUUGAAGAUGCGAUAACAAGUACGACAGAGUCUGUACAGUACGAUCACCCCAAUCAUACUGUCACCGUGACAACCAUCAGUGAUCUUGACCUCACUGGGGUUCACCUACUUGGCCCUUUAGCAAAUCAGGCUAAUGGGGAGAGCAAGGAUGAAGAAAAGGGGGAGGAAGAGGAGGAGAAAAGAAACGCAAUGCCAAGAAAAGCUGGAAACCCAAUCAUGAACAAAAAGAUCCGCUCCCUAACGGCGUCGCUCAGCACUUACACCAGCAAGCGGAAGAGGAAAGGGAAACAGGAAGGCCGAGGAGGACGAGGGCGUCCAUCAGACAAGAGACCUGGUGCUACACAGAUUAAAAAGAAAUCCGGGAGGACCAGCAAGUGGCAGAGACGCAGACAGACUGGAAAGAGGGUGCAUCAUCAGGACUGAAAGAGAGUGUGUGUAGAAAUACAAUGUAGGGUCUGUUAAGAGACUUGAUUUCUUGUGUCAGAAUUAUGCUCCUGCAUUUGAGUGGGACAAGUGUGUACUGAACAGUUUGUAAAAUGAACGAAGCUGCCGUGGGCUCUACACCAUGUUGGACAGUCUGUUAAAAUAAUAUUUCCACAGUACCUGCCGCUUGAAAUCUUGUGCUCAAAUUUGUACAUUUUUCAAAGCAAAACUGUUUUUGUAGUGUUAUUUCAUAAAAUAAACUUUACUGUAUUUACUGAAAUUUUGAUUAAAUGAAAGAUUAAUCUUGCUAAUAA